AAGUGUAAACGCAGCCGGAACUAACGCGCUUUUCGAACUUCCGCGAGUAUCCGCGUCCGCGGCGCACACGUGCGGCUGAUUUCUUUUACGACUUAUAAUUUGUGAUAGUUUUAAACGAUUCAAGAUAAAGUGUCGAUCAUAUAAUGGGAAGACCAGGAUUCUCACCUGCUGGUGGUGGCGGUUUUAGAGGCGGCAGAGGAAGCGGCGGAAGGGGAGGAAGUGGUGGAUUUGGUGGACGUGGAGGUGGUCGCGGUGGAAGCGGAGGAGGAGGCUUUAGAGGAGGCCGAGGUGGAUCGGGGGGUAGCGGAGGUCGUGGAACUCCAAGAGGUCGUGGUGGACGAGGAGGAGGAAGAGGAGGACGUGGAGGAGGUGGAUUUAAAGGUGGAAAAACAGUAGUAAUUGAACCUCAUCGUCACGAAGGUGUUUUCAUUGCUAGAGGAAAAGAAGAUGCUUUAGUCACUUUAAAUUUGGUGCCUGGAUCGGAAGUUUAUGGGGAGAAGAGAAUCAGUGUCGAGGGUGACAAUGGAGAAAAAAUUGAAUACAGAGUAUGGAAUCCCUUCAGGUCGAAAUUGGCCGCCGCAAUACUCGGCGGUGUUGAUCAAAUUCACAUGCCACCAGGCAGCAAAGUAUUGUACCUUGGUGCAGCUUCUGGUACAACAGUUUCACACGUAGCUGACGUUGUUGGUCCGGAGGGAUUGGUCUACGCGGUAGAAUUCUCCCACAGAUCCGGCCGAGAUCUCAUAAACGUAGCGAAAAAGAGAACGAAUAUUAUACCCAUAAUCGAGGACGCGAGACAUCCCCAUAAAUACAGAAUGUUGGUCGGUAUGGUCGACACAGUAUUUGCCGAUGUCGCACAACCCGAUCAAGCGAGAAUUGUCGCCUUGAACUCACAAUAUUUCCUAAAAAAUGGUGGACAUUUUGUCAUCUCGAUUAAGGCGAGUUGUAUAGAUUCGACGGCACAACCCGAAGCCGUAUUCGCCGCAGAAGUGAAGAAACUUGUAGCCGAUAAGCUGAAGCCCCAGGAGCAGAUAACCCUUGAGCCAUAUGAAAGAGAUCACGCAGUCGUCGUAGGAUGUUUCAGGCCACCGCCCAAAGUAGCAGCUUGAGAAAACUACGUUAAAAAUCUAUUUAGUGACUAGUUCUUCCACUUUAAAUCCAUAUUUUUCAUACUUGAAUUUCUAAAGAAGAAGAAGAAAAACGAGUUUGACGAAAGUAAUAUCGGUAUUCCGCGAUUUUGUAAUGUUUUUUUUUUUUGCAAUUUUUUUUUUUUAUGAUUGCGACAGUUUUAAUUCGCGAGUCUUAUUGAUCGCGACAUUUCCAAUUUCUAUAUGUGCGCAUCGAUCGAAACUGUACAGUUGUGAUACAGUGUUACAAAUAAUUCCCCGUAUUAAUAAUAAAUACAAAGAUCACGUAUCGUCGAAAGGACAAACUAAAAACAAAAAGUUUUGUUGUAUGAAAAAUUUGGGGAAACUCGAUUACCGGACAUUCUUCACGAUGAUGAAACCGUCGGAAAAGCAGAAAGAAACAAAAUUAUUCUAAUUUCAAUUUCAUAAUAAAACACUGUUAAGACAUUAAUGCAAUUACGAAUGUUUUCAUCAUUAUAUAUGUACAUACAUAUGGAAACAAUAUAUAUGUGCAUGGUUUAUAA